CGUCGACUUUGAACAACAAAACUACCUCUAAAGUCUGCUCUUCUCAGUCUCCACCACUUGCCCUCCACUAAAGCAGGAGGGAAAGCUGCCGGACAGCUCGAUCCUUGAUCCUUCGUUUCUUCCGUCGAGGCGUCGAUAGGCGCGUUUAGCCCAUCGCCGCCACGAUGAAGCUCUCUAUGCGACCGGUGCGGCCAUGCACGACGAGGAACCCUCCGAAGCACCGACCCUCCCGGUGCUGCACCCUCGCUCAUCCCGCCACGGAUUUGCCUGUCAAGAAGAACCUGAAAUUGGAUCAUUGCCAUUACCAGACCCCCAAGAUCUCCUCGCACUUCCUCGACCCCGUGCCGGACCGGGCCGCUCACGUGACCAGGCCCGCGAGGCUGGGGAACAGGUGGAUGGAGUACCAGGGCGUCCGGAACUGGGAUGGCCUCCUCGACCCGCUCGACGACAACCUGCGUCGCGAGAUCCUCCGGUACGGCGGCUUCGUGGACGCCGCGUACAAGGCCUUCGACUUCGACCCUUCCUCGCCAACCUACGCCACACGCCGGUUCUCUAAGAGCUCGCUGUUCGAGCGGUGCGGAUUGCCGAGCACCGGGUACCGUAUAACGAGGAACCUGACGGCGAGCUCGGGGAUUCAGUUGCCGCGCUGGGCCGAGAGGGCUCCCGGCUGGAUGUCUACUCGGUCGAGCUGGAUUGGGUACGUCGCGGUCUGCCAGGACAAGGACGAGAUCGCCCGGCUGGGGCGGAGGGACAUUGUGAUCGCCUACCGAGGGACGGCCACUUGCCUCGAGUGGCUCGAGAACCUGCGCGCCACGCUCUCUCACUUCCCCGACUUGGGCCCCUCCGACGCGGGUGCGUGCCCGUCGGCGGACGCACCCAUGGUAGAGAGUGGGUUCCUAAGCUUGUACACGUCGCGCGUCGCGUCUUGCCCGAGCCUGCAGGAGAUGGUGCGCGAGGAGAUCUCGCGGCUCCUGCGGUCCUAUGGCGACGAGCCGCUCAGCCUGACCAUCACCGGCCACAGCCUGGGCGCGGCCCUGGCCACGCUCACCGCCUCCGACUUGAAGACGGUCUUCGGGAGGGCGGCCCCACUCGUCACCGUCAUCUCCUUCGGCGGCCCACGGGUGGGCAACCGGAGCUUCCGGUGCCGCCUCGAGGAGCAAGGGACCAAGGUCCUGCGCAUCGUCAACUCGGACGACCUGAUAACCAAAGUACCCGGAUUCGUCAUCGACCGGCCGGACGGCGACGGCGACGGCGUUGCGAGCGACCGGGACGUCCGCGUGGCGGGCUCGCCGAGCUGGCUCCAGAGGCGCGUGGCGGACACACAGUGGGUGUACGCCGAGGUGGGGAGGGAGCUCAGGCUCAGCAGCAGGGACUCCCCCUACCUCAGCGGGAUCAACGUCGCCACGUGUCACGACCUCAAGACCUACCUGCACCUGGUGAACGGCUUCGUGAGCUCGAACUGCCCGUUCCGAGCCACUGCGAAGAGGGUGCUCGGCGGCAGCGGCCGCCACUCUCGAGCGGAGAGGGUCGCGGCGUGAUCGAGACUCGACCGCCCCC